AUGGAACUUGCUUCUUGGAGCGUUGAGGGUACUGAUCGGUUUGUCCACCGACUAGGGGACCUUUACCCCACAGGCAUCUUCUUCGACCUCACAAUUCAUACCACGGACCAAGCCUUGAAGGUACACAGACUGGUAGUCUGCAGCCGAUCUGAGGUUUUCUGUCGGUUCUUCUCUGAUGCUCCUAUUGAAAGCGAACAAGCUCGUGUAUUCGAAAUAAAGGACGAGCAUCCACGCAUCGUGGAAGCCAUGAUACGCUCGUUCUACGGACUACAUUACGACAUCAGCCAAUCCGAGCAUAAAAUGUGUCCCAUGUUAUUCAAUGUCAAAGUAUACGCAAUUGCCGACAAAUUCGAGGUGGAUUAUCUCAAAGUCCAAACAAAAUUAACCUUCGUCACCCUCGCCCAAGACCACUGGAACUCGGACGAAUUCUUGACGGCUGCUUUUGAAGCAUAUAAAACGACGCCAAAGUCGGAUCGAGGUCUUCGGGAUGUGGUCGUCGCGGUUUGUCAAAAGUACAUGAAGGAGCUGCGUGAGAAGAAGGCAUUCGAGAAACUGAUUGAAGAAACUCCCGGGCUUGCUACCGAUCUUGUGCUGCUUUCGCACAUGUGGUUGCCUCAGUCUGCGUCUACGAGAGUUCGUCUUGUUCAGUCUUUCUCUUGUCUGUCUUGUUUUGCGAGAUGGCAGAUCCAGGUCGGGUUGGCAGAGUACUUUACUGCAUGUCCGUUUUGCCAUGAUGAUAAGGUUGGGCCUUUUUGA